AAUUCAGACUGUAUUUGUGGUCGGUAUUUGAAGAAUUGUUUGAUGAUUAACUUAGAAAGGGAACCUCCUCUGUAAUUGACCUAUUUUACAAAGUCCACUGGACUUCACUGCCUCUUGAAAAGGGGAGUUUGUUGUUUUUUUGCUGUCUCAGUUGACUGCAAGUCUGAAGAGCGUCUUGCUCCGAUCCGAAGCCUCGCAAGCAUGGCGCUUGUCUCGUCUCUCACGCCGGUAUUUGUGGCUGUGUUGUGCGUGGUUAUCGCCUUCGUUCUCAGAAGCUUCCAGAAGACAAAGACAACUUCAAAGCCAGACUCCAAAUCCACGAGAGAGGCAAGGCCGUGGGUGGACGAGGACCUGAAGGACGACACGGAAAUCAGCUCUAAAGACAACGAGGAUGAUGAAUGGGUGGACGGCGGAGAGGAGGACCUUCCCCACGUGCCGUACACCCCGACACGGUACCCACCAGAGGAGAUGCUAGAACGUUCUCAGCAGUUCUACUCACUCCUGAACCAGAGGCGCUCAGUGAGGUUUAUCAGUCCAGAACCGGUUCCACGAUCGGUCAUUGACAACGUCAUCCAUGCAGCAGGCACAGCCCCCAGUGGUGCUCACACGGAGCCGUGGACGUUUGUGGUGGUGGCCGAGCCCGAGACCAAACACAAGAUCCGCCUCAUCGUGGAGGAGGAGGAGGAGAUCAACUACAGGCAGAGGAUGGGGGACAAGUGGGUCAAGGACCUAGAGAGGCUCCGGACCAACUGGGUGAAGGAGUAUCUGGAUGAAGCUCCAUACCUCAUCCUGAUUUUUAAGCAAGCCUACGGAAUCCUGCCCGAUGGCAAAAAGAAGACCCACUACUACAACGAGAUCAGUGUGUCAAUAUCCUGUGGUCUGCUACUGGCUGGACUGCAUAACGCUGGACUGGUCACUGUUACGUCGACACCUCUGAACUGCGGUCCCCAGCUGAGGCUCCUCCUCCGCCGUCCGGCCAAUGAGAAGCUGCUGAUGCUGCUUCCAGUCGGCUACGCAGCAGCGAACGCCACCGUGCCUGAUCUCAAACGCAAACCCCUGGAUGACAUUGUGGUCCACAUAUGAUGACAUCAUGG